UGCCUGCCGAUUGCUUCCCCCCUCUGUUGCCGAUUGCUCUUCACCCAUCUUCCAUGUGCCAUACUUCUCAUCAGAUCCUGAUCUUGACUUUUCCGGUAUCCUCAUCUCCGAUUCCUCCUCUCUACCCAUCUUCCAUCUGCCACACUUCUCGCCAGAUCUCGAUCCUCGACAUCCUCAUCCUCCUCAUCCCAGAUCCGUGGAGUAGCCUCCAAUCUUCAACAGCAUGGCUUUUGCUUUCAAUUUGCAUGUGAAUUUCUUGGUUUUCUUGCUGUUCAUCAAUCAGCUUCCCAUCUACUCUGCUUUCUCUUUCAAGCCGGAGCAAGUCAAGGUCACAUUUCUGCUGUUCCCUUGCCCCUAUUACCAGAGUUUUUGAGAGAGGUAGUGUCAAGUUGGUAGUUGAUGAUAUUUCAUAUGAUUUUGUAAAAGGGGCAACUGUUGAUUAUGUUGAGGUGCUAAUUGGUUCUACAUAUCUGGUAAGUCAUGUUAUAUCCCAUUGAGCAUAUAUUUCUUUUCUAUUCAUUUUUUUCCUAGUAGGUGAAAGAUAUUCUAAUCUUAUUUCAUGAUGGGAAAACUUAUAGUAUUCAGGAAUCUAAAAUUGAUUAACUAGUAAGUAGAGUAGAUAUCAAAUCCAUAUCUUUUUGUGUUUUUCUUAGACUAGUAGUAUAUUUUUUACACAAUUGCUGGCACUGAGCUUUGAAGUAUGUAUGGUCAAAACCUUAGGAUGUGUGUUUUCUCAUCUCAUAUUUGCACAGAGAAGGGUGCUUCUUUGUUACCAAAGAUGAUUGGAGGAGAGGCAACCUCCAAUAUCACACUCCAAAAUAAAACCCAUUUUUAUGUUUUUGUGGCAUAACAGCAAGUGUAUGGGUAUCCCCAACUAUUUUUUCCCUCUGCUACCUUCAUUGCACCCUGAAUAGGCAAUACUGGCCAAAAGAGAAUCAAGUAGUGCCCAAAUGUCACCUAUGUAAUUGAGAGAUCGUGCUACUAUUUGUUUAUCACGUGUUUUCCAUUUGUUUGGAUUGAUGGAAGGCAAUGGGGUGAGAACAAUUGGUCUAAGUUUAAUUAGACAAGGGGAAGUUUUCUUCUUAUUAUUUUAUUUUACUUUAUUUUAGCAACACUACUAUAAAUCAUUCUCAAUAAAAGCAACUCAAGCAAUUGACUAUAAGAAUGACCUUUUCUGAGUGCCAGAGUGAUGGUAAGAAAUCUUAUAUAGCAACAUUACAAUGCAAAAACUGUGAUUUUUAGUGUUUCUAUCUUUGAUAGGAAAGAAUUCUGGUUGGGUAAUUACUUUCUUGUCAAUGCACAUCUCUGAUUGCAGUUGCACGUCCAUUAAGUUGUUUAUGUUAUUACUCAUCAUAAAUUGCAAGCUUGUAUGGGAUAUACAUUCUUAACCUCCUUUUUUGUGCAAUAUUCCUCAACACUUGUAUUAUGUGUCUUAUCCUUUCCAUAUCCCUUCACAAUAUGAAGUUGGUGCUGAAGUAUAAUGCUAAUUUCACCGGAAUUGUUUGUACAAAUUCAUUGAUGGUGUGUUUGGAAACAUGAUUUUGAUAGAGUGUAUUUGAAUUUCAGCACUUCAAAUUCAAUAUCAUUGCUUGUUUUUGAAUAAAUAAAAUGUAAUUGAAUUU